AUGAGCUCAGAUACGAGUGAGUUUUAGGUUAUAGAAGAAAAAAAUAGUGAUGAAAGCUAGUUUGAAAAUAUAUAGCACGAAUCAAAAGAGAUUAAUAAUAGCGGUAGCAAUAACAACAAUAAUAAUAAUACUUAUAGCAAUAUUAUUAUGAAUAGUAGCAGUGAAGAAUAAAAUGAUAAGGAGAUAAUUGAUAAUAUCAAACAAGAAAAUAAUGAAAAGGAGAAUUAAGAUACAAUAUAAGAAAAUAUUCAGUAAGGAUAUAAGAUUGUAAAUAAUUUUAAUUCCAGUGAAAGUGAUUCAAAUGACACUUCUCAAGAUGAUGACGCUAAAGUUACAUUUACAGAAAAAAUAAAAUUAGAAAUAGCAUCCAAUUUAAAAGCAAAAAUUAUAGAUUUUAUCAGGAAAGUACAGCAAAAUCCUAAAAUUUAAGAUGACAUGCCUGAAUAUAUUUAAGAUCAUAUUUAUGAGUUUGAGCACGUAUUUUAAGAAAUAUUCUAGGAACCUCAAGCAGUGCAUAAAUUAAAUGGUGAAGCUAUUGAGGUUAUAGUAAUUAAACCUUUGCAUGAUAUUUUAAUGAAGAAGUAUCCUGUUAAGUAAGAUAAAAGACUUGAGUUUUAUUUUAGAGUAUAUGAAUUUAUUACACUUACAAUGUUCGAGAUAGAUUCUGCGGUUUUAAAGCAUCCUAAUUACACUAAGGCAACAAAAUGUUUAUAAAAAAUUGAUCAAGUAAAAACACCAAAAGAAAAACUUAAUUUGAUUGCCUCUGCUAGUGUUUUGCUAAGCAAAGCAUUACAAACGAUAUAUCCAAAAAUGCCAGUAGGAGCAGAUUAGCUACUUCCUAUGAUGAUAUUCACAAUAAUAUAAGCAAAACCCGAAAAACCUUACGCCAAUCUAAUGUUUACAUAAGAAUAUCGCUGCAAAUGGAGGAUUAAAGGAAUAGACCAGUAUUAUCUUGCUACUUAUGAAAGUGCUUUAGAAUUUAUUGAUUGUAUCGAUGCAUAAAAACUCAAAAUAAAUGAAACUAUUUUUGAUUAAUUGUAUAGUAAAAACUAUGAAAAAUACAAAGAUUUAGGCUAUCUUCACGAAUUUGAAUAAAAAAAAAUUAAUCCUUUUCUGACAAGCACAUAAUCUCUAAGUAUGUUAUAGAAAGUAGAAAAAUAAAUGUAAGAUCUUAACUAAAAAAUGAAUAUAGACGAAUAGCUUAAUUUAAAAUUUGUAAAUUAAAAUCUAUCAACAGUAAAAUUAAAUUAAUUACCAGAAGUUUAUGCAGAAUAUUAAAUGAUGGUUGAUGGCUAUAAAGAUAUGAUUUAAAGGUCUUAAAAAAUAUUAUAGUCACUAGAUGAUUUUUGCCAUAAUGAAAAUAAUAAGAAAUCAAUUUUUAACAUCUUUUGA